UGUACCCGCGAUCGGUCACAGCGUUCGUACAUCGUCCGUGCCGAUUCACUACCCAUAAACACACCGAUCGUGCGUGAUCAAACCAGCGCAGUGAGUGAAAUCGGUGAACAACCAGCGGUUGUAUUGAAGUGAAACAACAACCAGUGUCUGCGAAGCGAAGUUAGCGUUUCUUCAUUCAAACAGUAUCCACCGUUUCUGCAGAGAGCUUAUGGAUCAUAUUGUGCUUUGAAUGCGUUCGAAGAUCAAGUGGUUUGUGAGGUGGAGUUCAAGGUGCUCGCAAGCGGAGCAGCUGUAAUAUUAAAUAUUGCUCAAAACACAAAAGUGAACGUUGUGACACGAUUGCAUACAUCGUGGUGCGCGUAGCGUUACUUGACGGGGGCGAUCUGUCAGCAGUGUAAAUCGAAUGCUGUAACUUGAGGUGGUAACCGAUCGUACCAGCGCGCUGUACCAGGGCAUUACAUCUUACCAUGGAGGUGGCGUGGCGUUUCCGUAUCAUAUUUGUGAUGGCCUUCGUAGUGAUCAUAUUCGGCGACCUGCUUGGAUAUGGCGGGGCCCGUAAGGAGCCCAAAGAUAAGUCGCUCCUAUCCGGCUUUACCGAGGUCGAGGCAAACACGGCCAAAAUGAUUCCCACCGGAAAAGAAACUGCUACCGGUGCUCAAACACGCUCCAGUCCAUCAAAUGAAAUCAGUAGCAAUGUGGACGGUGACUUCGAUCAGGACCAGGACACGACCGGCCUCUCGGCGGCAGAGCUGGCAGCGCGCAAGGAAAAGCUGAAAAAUUCCCUACGCGAAGCGUGCCUUCCGAAGCUGCUGUGCGAGAUGGCGGCCAAACCCAACUACUCACUGAACGUUCGCGAGCGGGAUCUGCUCUCACUGAUAAGGUCUACCACCUUAUCGCUGACGAUGGCUGUAAGUCCGACGAAAUGGCACUUUGCGGCACACAUGGGCCAGCUGCUCAGGGACGCAGGUGAUGCGCUCGUGACGCCGAUCGGAUGCUCCCAUCUGUGGCCAAGCUGCCCGUACAGCUCGAAAAAGCUGCUCAAGCUAACCAACGUGGUGCACCUGAAGUAGGAGUGCGUAAGCAACGGAACCACCACCAUUCGCAAGUGAAACAAGUCAAGUCAAGCCGGGCGCCUAUGCGAGCGCUGUGUGAGUGUGUUAUAUUGCAUUGCGUACGCACACGAUCGGUGCGAGUUUAUGAGAAACUGCGCUAAUGCUUGCGUCUCGAGCAGCGUAACACACCCAAAAACUGUAAAUUUGACCAGCAACUAGAAGCAUAGGAUUUACGGGGGGAAAAACCUUCAACAAUCGCUUGGACUGUUUUGAUUAACAUUCCAAAAAACCCGACGCCUAAAGCACCCGCUUCCGCCCCGUUCCGUUCAACAAUCAGCAUACAGCAAGCCCCAUGCUUUCUUUCGCCAAACGAACCAGAAAACUACGGAACUGAUCGAUUUACUCCCGGUGCAAUGUGUAACGAUGCGUUCAAGAGUCAAUUGUUAACGCCCGAGGAAGUCAUGUUGCUGGCAUUUUUUUAAUGUAACGUUUUUCCCCCUCUCGAAAAACAAGCGCAUGCAAACAAACAAAGUAUUGUGGAAGUUCUGCUCAGCAAUUUGCAGGAAGUAGUAGGAAAGCGGUAUGGAAGACAGCCGGGGUGUUAAAUACAAAAAACCCUGCCCGUUGACCUUACACGGUUGAUUAGGUUUAGUAGCUGAUGCUCUCGGUUAUUACCCACCGCGUGUUGUUCCAGCCCACACCCCACUACAGCCAAUUCCAUCUUCGCUUUUUACCCGUUAGCACCAACGCCAAUUGGACUUGUAGUGUAAAAAGCAAGCGCAAAGCUGCUAACAAAAUAUGGUACCGAUUUUUCACGGCUAAUGCGCUAGAUGCCGGCUGCCGUCACACUCAUCUUAAGCCAUCAAUGGUUUACGAUUUUGCUUGCGUGCUGGUAGAGCGUGUGGCUCGAUUGUGGCAAGUUUCAACGCGCCUAACGACCGCGUACGUGCGCAUGAUUCGAUUACGAAGCGCCCACUGCGAAGGCUAAUUUGUGCAUUUUUAUGCGUGCGGAAAUGCGUACGGAACAGGGUGAUUGUUCAUGCGUGUGUGUGUGUAUGUGUGUGCUUGUGCAUGUACAUACAGAUAUACAGAUGUUACAUCGUGUGCGCGUAACAUCUACCCGGAACCACAGUUAAACAAUUCGGUGAACCGUUAAAUGUGAUCGAUAAAAGGUUGUCAAGUGUGAAAUAAUGGCAACACUGUAAUAAAUCUCGCUAGCGUAGGUAGGUAGGAUAUGAAUAAAUUAUCUUCCACCGGGUCAGACGUAAAGGGACGAGCCGGUCCGAUCAGGUGCAGUGGAUGAGAGAGAGGGAACAAAAGUGAAACUGAAGAGAAAACAAUAAUUAAGUGCACUUACCGGUAGCGUAAAAAAUAGGGAAUCGAAAUACUUUUAGGAAACAUGCCAGUCGGUGGCAAUGAACUGUUGUAAAUAAAUAACUUCUACAAUGUUGAUCUAGUGUAUAAUGUAAAGCAGGACGGUACAAUGCGUGAUAGAAUGUAGCGAAAUUGCGUCAUAGAUUUUCUACGACAACCAGCGCCGCCGUAUUAUCCCUGUCUGUUUAGCCCAACGCUUCACAGAGUAAUACAUUCUAGUGAGCAAAUUUAGCUUCUAGAAAGUGACCGUUAGAAGCGGACCAUUUUAUGAUUAUGCACACAAUGUUUAGAGCUCGAUAAGACCACGGAGGAAAAAGUGAUUUGCUUUGUUUUAAGUUGUGAAUAAAAUUGCAAGCCACCCAAACGGUGUAAACGCUGGCUUGGGCAGGAGAAAUUUUACCCGAGAGCUCACUCGAGUGCCAUACGCGUCGUAUCGUCUGAGAGUGAAAUACAGUAACGUACAUUUAAAUUCUAAAA